AUGGAAAGCUUGGAAAUUCCUAGGCAAGAAAUUCAUAUCAAUAUCGAUAAUCCAAUAUCGAGCAGUAAAGAGAGGAACACUAACCUCGGUCGUGCCAAACCCGUUGUCCUGAUGUCCGUUUUGAGUAGUCUCCAUGCGGGCUAUUUCAGAAUAAGCCUCUCUCUCUGCAGCCAAGCUUUGUUGUGGAAGAUAAUGGUCGCACCUGGUUCAGCGAGCAUGUCCCAUAUGCAUAGCCAACUCCCAUCUAUGGCGUUCCAUCUCNUGUGGUACCUAGCACUUGCAACACAAGUGUCACUCUNUUUUUUGUAUGCNUUCAAGUGUAUUUUCUUNUUUGACACGGUGAAGGAAGAGUUCGUGCACUNUAUUGGAGUGAACUAUCUNUACGCUCCAUCCAUUUCAUGGCUUCUCUUGCUUCANUCAGCUCCAAUGAUGGANCCACAUAGUGUUUUGUACCAAACACUNUUCUGGUUGUUCGCUAUUCCAGUCUUGACACUCGACACAAAGCUUUAUGGCCAGUGGUUCACAACAGAGAAAAGGUUUUUGUCGAUAAUGGCAAAUCCAGCAAGCCAAGUAUCAGUCAUAGCAAACCUAGUGGCUGCACGAGCAGCAGCGGAGAUGGGUUGGAGGGACUGUGCUCUGUGCUUGUUCUCACUCGGGAUGGUUCAUUAUUUGGUUAUCUUUGUCACUCUUUAUCAACGCCUACCAGGCGGAAACAAUUUCCCAACCACGCUAAGGCCAGUUUUCUUCUUGUUCUUUGCUGCACCAGCCACGGCAAGUCUAGCCUGGAACUGUAUUUGUGGAACAUUUGAUACCGUAGCGAAAAUGUUCUUCUUCCUUUCUCUCUUCAUCUUCAUGUCUCUGGUCUGUAGGCCAACUCUUUUCAAGAAGUCAAUGAAAAGAUUCAAUGUCGCAUGGUGGGCUUACUCGUUCCCUGUCACCUUUCUUGCUUUAGACUCAGUUCAAUAUGCGCAAGAGGUGAAAGACCACGUCGCUUCUGGCUUGAUGAUUAUCUUCACAUCCAUCUCGGUUUUGAUCUUCCUCGGUGUCAUGUUACUGACAGCAGCAAACAGCAACAGAAUACUAAGACGUGAUCCUGUCCUCGGUUCUGAUACAGGUCCAAAAGACAAGCAAAAAUCAUAG